CCGAUAAAGUUUGACGAUAGCUUGAAAGCAGUCGGGAGUACGAGCGUUAACAUACUACAGAGUUCGCUCAAUAGUAAUAGGGUCAAUAUACCAGAUAUCACGCAGAAUAACUCUGGUACUGGAACACCAAAUAGCAGAAGGGUCAUUAGAAAGCCAACGAAUUUGGGUGAUAGCUAUAUAGAUAUAAAGGAGGAUGAUAUGCAUGAAAGCGAAUCACCAGCUGUUAUACGGAUGAAACUAUUUGCAAUAUUGACCACAAAAUCUGACAUCAGUCAUCCACUUUGUAUCGACUGCGCUAAUACAGCAUUGGAUUUGUUAACUGAUGAGUUUGACGAUCUUAAGCGAGAGCGCGAUGCGUAUAUUUCUUUUGAUAGCGUAGCAACGUCUAUCAAAGAUCAAUUUGAGAGUCAAGCAGAUGAUGACGAGACGAUUAGAUUGAUAGAGAGGCUUGAAAAAGAAACAACAGAGAAGAAGAGCAAGUUAGAUGAGCUCGAGAAGGAGAAAUUGAACCUCGAGCGUGAAAUGCGUGAGCUUGAUGCGGAGGAAGAAGAACUUCAGGGUGAGGAAACGGCUUAUCUGCGGCAGCGUUCGACACGCUUGCUCGACGACCAGGAGAGCAUACAAGACCAGAUAUCUGAGCAACACAGUCUCAAUGAAGCCCAGGCAGAGCUUGCUAGACUGGAGCGGACCAACGUCUGGGCCGACGUCUUCACAAUAUCCUCAGAUAGUGGGAUUGGCACAAUUGCAGGUCUACGUCUUGGAAGGAUCAACCAGAAUGUUGAAUGGAGCGAAAUAAACGCUGCCUGGGGACAUCUAGCCCUCCUACUCUACUCUGUCGCCAAUAAACUUAACUUUGAGUUCAUGAAUGCGCGUAUUAUACCAUUAGGAUCAUUUUCGAAGAUUGAGAAAGCAACAUUGACGCAGAAUGUGCUGAAAUGGGAGACUCUCGAAUUAUACCACCCCGGAAGCGCAUUAUCGAUGCUGCAUACACGUAGAUUCGAUCAGGCGAUGAUAACGUUCCUUGACAUGCUAAAGCAGCUGCUAGACUGGAUAAGCGCCCGAGAUAUGACCGUGAAGUGGCCUUAUAAGAUCACGAAAGAGCGAAUUGGCGAUAACAGUAUUCGGCUUCCAGGACAAUUCACCGGCGACAAGACGGCAGACGAGGAGUGGACGAGAGCACUCCGCGGUCUACUGGGAACAUCUAAAGUGCUUGUACAAUGGACAACAUCCGAAUAAAAAUAGUUUUUAAA